AGAAGAAGAACGAGUUUCGCGUCAGCAGUGUUCUUUGAGCUAAGCUAAGCUAAGCUCUCAGCAGCGAUGCUGUUUUCUCUAGACUUGGAAAGCAGCCAAGCAACGUCAGGGAUGACCUGACGAUGACAUCAUCUUAUUUCUCUGGCCCCUUCCUGCAUCACCUGAUGGGUGACGGGUACCACAACUCCCGCACACUUUACUAUUGACUGAGUAUUGACUGUCACUGUCCUACACCCUGAGCUCAACUCUUGUCCUCACUGCAGCGUCCUCUGUCUUCCGAGUCCUCAGACAGACUUGGACCGAGCUCUGCUCGCUCACACCUCAAAUCACAGAGGCUGUACCAGGAGAUUAAAAAAGACAAUGUAUUGCUUACAGUGGCUCCUUCCUGUGCUGCUCAUCCCAAAGCCGCUGAACCCGGCGUUGUGGUUCAACCACUCCAUGUUCAUGGGCUUCUACCUGCUCAGCUUCCUGCUGGAGAGGAAGCCCUGCACCAUCUGUGCCUUAGUCUUCCUGGCCGCCCUCUUCCUAAUCUGCUACAGCUGCUGGGGAAACUGCUUCCUCUACCACUGCCACGACACUGCACUGCCCAACGCCGCCCAUGACCCGGCCAUUGUCGGCACCUAGGAGAGAGGAGCAGGUGUGCGGUGACGUGUGGGUGAAGGGCUGAGAUGGCUUCUUCUGGGUGUUAUUGUGGCCGGAUUCUGCCGUGCUGUGGGAGGGGGCGGAACUACACUUUAGCAUAACUGGGAGAAUAUGGUGAUUGCUUUAGGAGAGUACCAUGGAGGACGCUCAGCCAACUGAAACACGAGGACAAAAUCUGUGAAAGCCAUUUACCAAACUGAGAGACAGGGAGAUGAUGGGAGCAGACGUCGCGGCUACAAGAGAACAAACUUCAAUUUUGCUUCCAGCAACUUUUGAUUCAGUCAUUUGCAAAACCAGUCAGAGGCCAGACUGCAGGAUGGUCUUUGUACAGAAUUUUUUAAGGCUACCAGCAAAUUCUUGUGUGUGUUUGACGGUUAACCGUCAGUUUUCCAUCUGUAGACACGUUACCGGAGCUCAGAUCCAAAUCAGAUCUCAGACCUGAUAUUCAGAAAACAAUCUCUUGGAGAAAAAUCAGAUUAGGCUCAUCAUGUAAACGCUGCCUCAUGUUUUGUUGUGGUUGUUACUGUCUGGAACAAUCCUGUCCUCUGGCUUCAUGCGUAACUUUUUUUUUUUUUAAUACCACCGUCUCAGACCGCAGACCGCCUCGCUGCAGAGCUUUGCGGAUGUCACAGGUUCCGCCGGCAGACGUGUUCCACAUCCUCGACUGUUUGUGACAAAUGCUGCUGCUGCGUGUGUUCUUCUUGUUUGAGGAAGAACAGAAAGUGUGGUCCGGCCCGUGGACUCUGCUCACAUUCUGCAGACAAUCAGUUAUUCUACUGUGAAUAAUUAUCGCCAACAUGCUGCCAGCUCACCUCAGGAGAUGGAAGAACGCAGAUAAAUCUUUCACGCAGAGUUGUGUUGUUACCCAGCGUGCUCUGCAGCUGUCUCGUCUCCUCCUCAUCCAACAGUGUUAAUGUCCAUCAUCACCAACAUGCUCUUCAUCUGGUCGCAAACUUUUGUUUCUUUUUCCAUUUGUGCAUGGGUUGCCUUUAGGUAUUGGUUAAGAGAUCUGUUCACACAUUUUAAUGAAUUAAAAUGCUGAAAGCUUCCGAGCGGUGUGGAAAAUGGGGGUGUGUGUGAGAAUGUUUGUUUCUGUGAUGACGUGCUGAUAAAUGCGAAAUGUAAGACAACAGGUGAUUUACAUGCAGGGCUGAAACGGUUCAUCGAUUAACCCCAAUAAUCAAUAUAAUAGAGGGGGCCUCAGGGGGGGUUCAACACAGCCUGGUUUCUCUGCAUCUGUCCAUCUGAUCCCACAAGCUGUAGCUGUGGGAGGCUCUGGGGCCUAUCCCAGCGUACAGCCAUUCACUCUUAAUAUCAGUUAUUGAUUAGCCUAUAGCUUUGGACCAUGGGAGCAAACUCGCGCACGCACACAGGAAGAUCCUGGUGGAAAAAUUUCUGGUUCAGUGCAAAUGCAAUUUUUCUCAAUCAACAGUGUAAUCACAUUACUUGGUUAUGUUGAUCACUUUUUUCUAUAAAAUGUCCAGUUUAAAAAAAGUAACAACACCCCCCCCCCCCCCCCCCCGUCCAAAGAAACAUGUUUUUUUUUCCUAAAAUAUCCAAUGAAAUUAAGAUAAGGUGUGUCAAAUAUCACUACGACAAAGCAUUUAACGAUAAAGACACCAAAUAUUUGCACAGGCAAUGUAUAUAUUAUAAAGAAAAUUUAGACAUCAUACGAAGCUCUGGGCUUUUUUGUUUUUUAAUCAACGUAUUUGUAUUUGGAAUGAAUUCAGCAUGUUUGAAAACGACGUUCGCGUCAUGCGGAUGCAGUGUUUUCUUAAAUGCUAAAUCCAUUUAAACCACAAUUGAUUUAAAUUGCUCAGCAAGAUAUCUUUUUUUUUUUCAAGUUACAUAUCAAACUGGAAAAUUUGGUGCCUUUCCUGUAAAGUGCCCAUAGAUCCCUUUUAUUAAAAAAAAACCUGUGAUACUAGAACCAUUAAACGGUUUGAAAGUGCCUAAUGUUUUUCUUAAAUUCUGUUGAAAGGCAUUUAAAAGCCUUUUACACCUGUUUGUCCUUUUGAAACAUAAGUAAUUUAUUUGUAAGAUUUGUUUUACAACUAUUUAAAAACACAUUAAAGUGUCUUUCAACCAGUUCAGUCAGUUGGAUAACAUUUGAUUGAAAGCACUUUUAGUAGAUCUGAGUUUCAAAUUCAUCACAACAGGUUUAUUUCAAUGGAGAAACCCAUCCUGGAUUCAAAAAAUGUGCCAUUUCAACAAAAAAAAACCUAUUAAUAACUUCUAGUUGGUUAAGUGAUUAAUCGUUUCAGUGCUAUUCACAUGUAGUGUUUUAGUGAAGAUAAGCAAUACAAACUGCUGAGGAGAGUAGCGUGUGUGUGUGUGCGCGCGCUUUCAGUGUUCUGCUGUCAAAGUGCUGGAUGUGGUCGAUUUGGUUUUAAUUUAAGUGUUUUUCUUUCAGCAGGUGAAACUGUUAGAUUCAGUGUUAUGUUUGGAUAUAAGUUCAUUAAACAGUACUUUUGAAAC